CCUCUGCCCUGCUGCCCCUCUGCCUCUCCUCCCUCUCUGCCCCUUCUGCCCCUCUGCCCCUCUGCCCCGCGGCCAUGGGUCAGGAUUACUACGCGGACCUGGAGGUGACCAGGAAUGCGCAGGACGUGGAGAUCAAGAGGGCAUACCGGAGACUGGCCCUGAAGUACCACCCGCACAGGAACAAGGAGUCCGGGGCCGCCGACAAGUUCCGGCAGGUGGCCGAGGCCUACGACGUGCUGAGCGACCCCCUGAAGAAAGGGAUCUACGACAAGUUUGGCGAGGACGGCCUGAAGGGAGGGAUCCCUCCGGAGUUCGGGAGCGAGGCCGUGUGGACGGAAGGUUACGUGUUCCACGGCAACGCGGAGAAAGUCUUCCGGGGAUUCUUCGGGGGAGACAACCCUUUCAGCGAAUUCUUUUCUUCCGACGGCUCCGAGGUGAACGUGAGCUUCGGGGGGCUGCGAGGCCGUGGGGUGAAGAAGCAGGACCCCCCCAUCGAGCGAGACCUGUACCUCUCUCUGGAGGACCUGUUCUACGGAUGCACCAAGAAGAUCAAGAUCUCCCGUAGGGUGAUGAAUGACGACAGAUGCUCGUCCACCAUCAGAGACAAGAUUUUGACGAUCGACGUGCAGCCAGGCUGGAGGCAGGGCACCCGCAUCACUUUUGAGAAAGAAGGAGACCAGGGCCCUAACGUCAUCCCAGCCGACAUCAUCUUCGUCGUGAAGGAGAAGCUGCACCCGCGUUUCCGGCGCGAAGACGACAACCUGCUGUUCGUGAGCGACAUCCCCUUGGGGAAGGCUCUGAUUGGCUGCACGGUGGAGGUGAAAACCUUGGAUGACCGUUUGCUCAACAUCCCCAUCAACGAUAUCGUGCACCCCAAGUACGUCAAGCUGGUCCCCGGGGAGGGGAUGCCCCUGGCGUCGGAUCCCGCCAAGAGAGGAGACCUGUACAUUUUCUUCGACAUCCGCUUCCCCAGUCGCCUCACCCCGGCCAAGAAGCAGCUGCUGCGGCAGGCACUGCCCACUUGAGCAGGGAGGAAGGGGAUGGUCCCGUGAGCCCACCCCCGCCCUCCCGCACGCGGCUCCCCCCGGGCCGUGGAGGCCGCGCACCGGACGCCUCCCGUACGAUAAAAUUUCCUCUCCGUUCAUCGCCA